AGUCCCCGCGCUGAGGCUGCACCGCGAGCUGCCCGCGCCGCGCCCCCCGCGCCGCCCGCCAGCCCCGCCGCGACAUGGCCCGCGCCAUCCGCGGGCGGCCUGCGACCCCGGAGCGCGGCGCAGCCGGCCGCUGAGCGCUGCACCGAGGCGGGAGGCCCGGCCUCGGAACGAGCGCCGGCGCGGCCUGGCCCCCUCCCCUGCGCAGCUCCCCGCGCUCAGUGCGCCCCGCCGCUGCGGCCCGGCCAGGCCCGAGCAUGGAGACGGCGGAGAAGGAAUGCGGUGCCCUGGGUGGGCUCUUCCAGGCCAUCGUCAACGACAUGAAGAGCUCCUACCCUAUCUGGGAGGACUUCAACUCCAAGGCCACGAAGCUGCAUUCCCAGCUGAGAACCACCGUGCUGGCUGCUGUGGCCUUCCUGGAUGCCUUCCAGAAAGUGGCUGACAUGGCCACCAACACCCGAGGGGCCACGCGGGACAUCGGCUCGGCGCUCACGCGCAUGUGCAUGCGCCACCGCAGCAUCGAGACCAAGCUGCGGCAGUUCACCAACGCGCUGCUGGAAAGCCUCAUCAACCCGCUGCAGGAGCGCAUCGAGGACUGGAAGAAGGCGGCCAACCAGCUGGACAAGGACCACGCGAAAGAGUACAAACGAGCCCGGCAUGAGAUCAAGAAGAAGUCAUCCGACACACUCAAGCUGCAAAAGAAGGCGCGCAAAGAGCUACUUGGGAAAGGAGACCUGCAGCCCCAGCUGGACAGUGCCCUGCAGGACGUCAAUGACAUGUACCUGCUGCUGGAGGAGACGGAGAAACAGGCCGUGCGCCGGGCGCUGAUCGAGGAGCGGGGCCGCUUCUGCACCUUCAUCACUUUCCUGCAGCCUGUGGUGAAUGGUGAGUUGACCAUGCUGGGAGAGAUCACCCACCUGCAGGGCAUCAUCGACGACUUGGUGGUGCUGACCGCGGAACCCCACAAGCUGCCUCCCGCCAGCGAGCAGGUAAUCAAAGACCUAAAGGGCUCAGACUACAGCUGGUCCUACCAGACCCCACCCUCCUCACCCAGCAGCUCCAGCUCCCGGAAGUCCAGCAUGUGCAGUGCCCCCAGCAGCAGUAGCAGUGCCAAGGGUGGCGGAGCCCCAUGGCCUGGGGGUGCCCAAACAUACUCACCCAGUUCCACCUGUCGCUACCGCAGCCUGGCGCAGCCAGCCACCACCACCACUCGCCUCUCCAGCGUCUCCUCCCAUGACUCUGGCUUCGUCUCCCAGGACGCCACCUACUCCAAGCCCCCCUCGCCUAUGCCAUCAGACAUCACCAGCCAGAAGUCCUCCAGCUCCGCAUCCUCCGAGGCCUCGGAAACCUGCCAGUCCGUUAGCGAGUGCAGCUCCCCUACCUCGGACUGGUCCAAGGUUGGCUCCCAUGAGCAGCCCUCAGGUGCCACUCUGCAGCGGAGGAAGGACCGAGUGGAGCUCCUGCGAGACACAGAGCCAGGGCCUGCCAGUGGGGGCACCCUGGGCCCCAGCGGGGAAGAAGCACCUCGACCACGGAUGUCCCCUGCCACCAUCGCAGCCAAGCAUGGCGAGGAGGUGUCCCCUGCAGCCAGUGACCUAGCAAUGGUGCUGACACGCGGCCUGAGCCUGGAGCACCAGAAGAGCAGCCGGGACUCGCUGCAGUACUCCAGCGGCUACAGCACGCAGACCACCACGCCCUCCUGCUCCGAGGACACCAUUCCCUCCCAAGGCUCCGACUACGACUGCUACUCCGUGAACGGGGAUGCGGACAGCGAGGGCCCGACGGAGUUCGACAAGUCAUCCACCAUCCCGCGCAACAGCAACAUCGCCCAGAACUACCGCCGCCUGAUCCAGACCAAGCGCCCCGCCUCCACCGCCGGGCUGCCCACCGCGGGGCUGCCCACGGCCACCGGCCUGCCCUCGGGCGCACCCCCCGGCGUGGCCACCAUCCGCCGCACGCCCUCCACCAAGCCCACCGUGCGCCGCGCCCUGUCCAGCGCUGGCCCCAUCCCCAUCCGGCCGCCCAUCGUCCCUGUGAAGACGCCCACGGUGCCUGACUCACCUGGCUACGUGGGGCCCACGCGGGCGGGAAGCGAGGAGUGUGUCUUCUACACCGACGAGGCCGCCUCGCCCCUGGCACCGGACCUCGCCAAGGCCUCCCCGAAGAGGCUCAGCCUGCCCAACACAGCCUGGGGCAGCCCGUCCGCAGAGGCAGCCGGGUACCCCGGGGCGGGGGCCGAGGACGAGCAGCAGCAGCUGGCGGCCAACCGGCACAGCCUGGUGGAGAAGCUGGGGGAGCUGGUGGCGGGCGCCCACGCACUGGGCGAGGGCCAGUUCCCCUUCCCCACCGCCCUGUCGGCCACCCCCACGGAGGAGACGCCCACCCCGCCCCCUGCCGCCACCAGCGACCCCCCAGCCGAAGACAUGCUCGUGGCUAUCCGGCGUGGGGUCCGGCUCCGCAGGACCGUCACCAACGACAGGUCGGCGCCCCGCAUCUUAUGAUGGCGCCACCCUCCCUAUCCUCUCAGGCCCUGGUGUGAGAGGUGGCCUGGUCUGUGAGCCGCAGGCACUCAGCGAGGGCCCAGCCUGGAGAGAGGACAGAGCCAGGGCAGGGGCGGUGCCGCUUGAAGGAAAGAGACGCCUCGCUUGGAUUCCAGCGUUUAAACGGGAAGCAACUUCUUAACAAGCCUCACCAGGAGGGAGCCUGCAAGCCUGGGCCUCGUUUGGGGCACGGGCCUCGUGCCUCGUUUGGGGCCUGUUUUAUGCUCUUCUGCCCCUCCUCUUCCUCUUCUCGUGCCCUGCCACUUCCGUACCCAUGAGCACCAGAGCCAGGGCCGGCCCACGACGGAGGGGCUGGGCUGGCCUCCCUUUCACCAUCCCGGCCGCCCCUAGGGCCGGCCCUGCCUCAGCUCCUCCCAGAAUGCCGGCCUCUCCUCUCCCGUGCCUGAGCCCCCCCUCCCCUCUUGCCUUCUCUCUGCCUCUCCCAGGACCUUCUCCCUCUGAGAAGCAGGUCAGCUGUGGAGGGGCCAGGUGCGUGCUGGGCUGGAUGUCUGCUGGGGGCGGGGGCAACAGGUUGGAGUUGGGAGGCCAGGCCCCACCAUGGGGGAAGGGACCUCCAGGGCCCAUGCCGAGUCUCAGGGAGGAAACCCGGGGCUGCUUAGGGGAUCUCGGGGGCCCUGUGGUGGCUCCCACCCCUCGCCCCCCACCACCCCGUGAGGCUGGCGGGAGUGAGGGCCAGGGCAGCUCCUGGGGAACUAGGGCAACAGGGUUAGGAGGACGGAGGCCCUGGGGUCAUUGGUCAGCCACGAAGGCACCGUUUUCAGAUGUCCACUUCUCAUUGGCCAUAUCAAUCCUUUGACUUUGGGGGUCACAGUUUCAGCCACCUGUGGAGGUGGGGACUGGAGCAGUAGGUGGUGUGGGGUCAUUUGAUGGAUGUAAUAAAAUGGAGCUGACUGUGGAUGAGGACUGUGUGUGGGGUGAGGGGACGAUACAGGGUGUGUGUCUGGGAGUGCCUGAGGGACAGGGCCCCCCCAGUGGCCUGGUGGUUCUGUGGCAGGAGGAGAAGGGAGGGACAUGGCUCCCCCAAAGUGGGGGGGAAGUUACUGUUCUCUCCAGCAUCUUGAGGAUAGCCAAAAUAGGGCUGCGGGCCCCCGGCCUGUCUGUUGUUGUGUGAGCCGGCUGCAAGCCCAGGUCAGGGAGCGAGGCUGGGACGAUUGGCUUUGACUCUCUGUUGCCAGAGGAGAUGCCAUCCCAGGACCGCCCCCACUAUAGUCCAGGCUUCCGCUGGCAGUGGGGUCGGGGAAAGGGGCAAGGCUGCCCCACCCCACGCACCGAGUCACGCAGGUAAAAGCAUGUUAGCCUAGGGCGAGCGGAGGGAGUCCUGGUGGCCCCGUAGGUCAGGAGGGAAAGCAGGGCUCAGAGGACGUUGGGGGCCCAGGGUGGGGUCCUACCUGGGGAUCAGGAGAGCCUUGGUCUUGAUGGAAUGGAGCUGGGUCUGAGCCCCCCAGGCCUGAGCUCCUGGGAGUUCUUGUGCCAUGAGCUGGGACCCUGGAUAGGUCCAGGCACCGAGCAGGCCUCGACGUGGACAGAGUCCCCUCCGAGGGAACUGAUGGAGAACGGUCCCUGUCAGUCAGUGUGUCCAAGAACUGCCUGGCCAGGCAAGCACUCAGCCUGUGGAGCUCAGGCCAACACCAGAUCCCUGGUUUUAGGGGCCAGGAGAGCAGGUGACCAGUCUGGGGAGUCUCGGGUGGAAUUUCUGCCGCAUAUUCUCCCCAGGGCUGCGGGGGUUUGUUGAGGCAGGUGGGUGGUGGAGCAGGAUUCAGGAUGUGGCGGGAACAGUGUGAGGGGCAGUGGGUGGGCAGACCUGGGCUUCAGAGGUCCUGAUGGGAAGGGAGGCAGGGGCUUCCCAGAGAGGGGGGCUUGCGUGGCGCAGCCCCCACCAGCUCUCCCAUCCCCCUCCCCUCUGAGCCUUGGGGGCUGUACAUACUCUACACCAUCCCCGAGACCACCCCGCCCUCUCAUCAUCUUAGCAACCACCUCGUAGGCCCACCCACCUUGGGAUCCGAGCCCACCAUCCCACAUCACAAACUUUGGUUUGAGGGACUUCUUUACAUUCUUUUAUUUCUCAUUUUGUACAGAGAAAUAUGCUUUUCAAAAGCAUCUUUUGACUGAAGUAACUUUCCUGGUGCUGUUGUUAACUUGUUCCUUUUUUUAAUUUAUUCCCCCCAACCCCAGGCAGCCCUCCUGGUUCCUACUCACCCUUCCCCCUCCCCACCCGCCACCCAUCUGAACCAUUUUGUUUCUUUUCUUUCUGUCAGAUUUUGGAAAAAUUCUCCUCUCCUCCCUACCCCCUCCACACCAUCCACCCCCUGAUUUAAAUAGUCACUGCUACAAGUAACAGAUGCACUGUGAAGAUUCCAGUAUUAAUAAAGGUGUACUGUAAUUAACA